AUGGCUCCAACGUUACAACAGUGCCCCGUCUGCUUUAACCACUAUAGAAGCACUCCAGACGGGAAGUUAUGUCGGCACGGAGGUAAAGUGAAAGGACAGGAAUGCUCGGGGUCCCGGAAAAAAGUUGAUCCAUCGGGCGCGAGGGCUGCUUCGCCUCUCGGUGCCGCACCCGACCCCAGGCCUGGGCUGCCCACACGGUCGUCCGCCGCAUCGGUCUCCGGUGAUCCUCUCGGCCUGGAUUACUCUGGUGUUUUUGAUAAGCUGACGGCCGUGCUGAAAUGUGUACCGGUGUACGACCAUAUCCCUAAGCCAUGCAGGGAGAAGUUCGCACAUGAUCUGAACGCCUUGCUGACGGCUGUUUGUAACGACCCUGGUGACCCGGCUUACUGGGUUAGACUCCACUGUUUUGUCCCAUACGUCUUACAGAAGACUUCCAGAGGAGGUCGCCGGGUCAACCAGGGCAAUCUGGUCAACAAGCGUCUAAGCGAAUAUUCAACUAUUGGUCUUGAAACCCUGGUACUGUGCUUUGAUGGGUUCAAUAAUGCCAAAUCACAAAAGCACAACCCCGAUCGAUGGAUCAACGCUGUGUCAUCUUGUAUUGAACAGGGAAACCUGUCCUCGGCGGUCAGACUUGUCUGCUCGCCGGAGGGCCUGGCGGAGAGCUCGCCGGCCACCUUCGAUAAAUUAUGUUCUAUCCACCCAAAAAUUCCGGUGGACAGGCGGGUCUUUCCCGCAUUGACACCAACGGCUGGUUGCGUUUCUCCCGCCGAGGUGCUGAGGGCCGUUAAAUCUUUCAAAAACGGUUCUUCUGGAGGCCUGGAUGGCCUACGACCCCAGCACCUUAAGGAUGUUUUUUCAGGCCCCUUGCCAAUUGACGACACACUGAACUUCUUAACCCAAUUCAUUAAUUUGAUCCUAUCUGGAGCUUGCCCACUCUCCGUCCGCCGUUUGCCCAAAUUGAUGUACUUCCUGCGUACAUCUAAACACAUUGACCCUUCUAAAUUGGGCGAAUUUGACGGAGCCCUGCGCACCGCCCUGUCGUCGAUUUGCAAUGUUCAAGAACCAUCCGGCAUUUCUGCGCAUGAUGGUAGGCGACCGGACGGAUGCACGCUAAUACCUUGGAGAGCCGGCAGAUGUUUGGCGUGGGAUGUUACGGUCCCUGGCACCCUCGCCGAACGAUACGUAAACCUGACAAGUAAAGAAUGCGGUUUGGCCGCGGCCAGGGCAGCGGACGAGAAAAUGAAAAAGUAUGGGAAUGCCCUCCCCUCGAUGGAAUUCUUGCCAAUAUGCAUCGAGGUUCUCGGCCCGAUGGACCCCAACACCCUUAAAUUUCUCAAGGAAAUAGGCAAAAGGAUCAGUGUCAGAUCAGGAGUGGCAUUUAUCAGCAGCUCAGUUGCUAAGCUACUGGAUUUGAACCAAUCAAAUUUUGAUAAAGCCAGGAUAAUGGCUGUAAAAAGUGAGUUGGGAUCAUCUUGGUUGAAGGCGGUCCCAAAUUCCGCCUGUGGUACCAGGCUGGACGACUCUUGUGUUCGUGUCAGUUUGGGACUGAGACUCGGUUUACCCAUUUUAACUGAGUAUGUUUGUUUAUGUAGGGCUAAUGUUGAACCCCUGGGCUAUCAUGGUCUUUCCUGUCGGUUGGGCCCUGAUAGACAGGCUCGACACUCGGCCAUGAACGACCUUUUGGUCAGGUGCUUUCAGAGGGCAAACAUACCCACAAUUAAAGAACCCACGGGUCUUAUGGAGGAAGGUAGCCUCAGGCCCGAUGGGUAUACUAUUUCACCACGCGCGCAGGGACGUUCCCUUGCAUGGGAUGUUACGUUCCCCCAUACCAUGACUGAAGGGUACAUUAAUCUUACCUCACAGGAGGCGGGUGCCGCUGCAUUAAGAGCCGCAGACUUUAAAAUUCAAAAUCUGCGGCUCUUGCAAAUGGCAAAAUUUUUCAGCCAGUCUGUAUUGAGACCUUUGGUCCAACCGAUUUUCAGACUCAGAGUUUUCUGA